AUGGCUUCCCCUGCGGUCUCACGCAAAGCCCGUAAACAAAAUUUCAGCGCGUCCAAAAUAGCCAUCUUAACGGAAAAAGUAGAGGAAAACCUUUCCAUUAUACAAAGUAAACUUACGAACAGCGUCACAAACCAAAAAAAUAAUGAAAUAUGGUGUAAAAUCGCGGAUGCUGUCAACGCCGCAGGAGUUGCUCGGAGGACGACUACCGAGGUGAGAGAAAAAUGGAAAAAUUUACACGCACAGGCCAAAAAAGAGUUCACAGAACUGGCCAAAGAACAGAAAAAAACUGGAGGAGGUGAAGCUCCGAAGAUGCCGUCGGCGGCAACUGCUAAAAUCAUUGACCUUUUCAAAGAAACCCCAUCAUUCACUGGCCUCGAGGGUUUCGAGUCGAAAGGCCCUGAAGCAAACCAGCCUACGGAAGUAGCUGCUCAAUUGGAAACAAUUGAGAUGAAUGAAGACCUGUUUAAAGAACUCCAAGAAGCUGUGCAGCAAGAUGAAGCCAACACCCACGAAAUCGAUGAUGAAGUGGUCAAUACACCGAAAGAAGAAAAUCAUCAUAAAAAAAAGAGUAAAAGAAAGACAACACAAGACGACGUUCUUGAGGCCCAGUACAAAGCAUUAAUUUUAAAGCAGGAAAAUCUGAAGCUAAAAAAAGAGGAAAUUGGAGUUGGAAGUGUUCCUUUUGGAACAAAGAUCAUGUUCUAUCCCUACUGUGUCUAUAAAUUUAAGUCCAUGAAUGUAUAA